AUGUGCGCUGAUGUCGGCUACUCUGAAAAACGGUUCAAGGAAGCCGCUGAGCCGCAAGGACACGUGGUCGACAUCUCAGAGUUUUCGGGGGGGAGAGCUGCAGUGAGCGGUCCCCUGUGGCGACAGCGACAGCAGUGCCACCCCAGGUGGAUGGACCGCUGCGCGUCUGAGACUCUAACGGCUAGAACGACGGCGUAUUCUUCUCCUUUUUACUUAAAAACGCAAGCAAUGCACACAGACUCGGCCUGCGAUGCCGAAGCUGCUGCUGCUACUGCACACUGCAGCACUAGCAAGGGGAAGAGCCUGAACGACCAUGGAGGCGACACCAGCAGCAGCGCCGGCGACGACCCCAAGAAGAACGGCUACCCCCUCGAUGAAAGCGUCAGCAACAGCAAAACACGCCCCUGUGUGAUGUCUGCCGAGUCUUUUCUUCUGAGGAGACUGCACCCACAUUUUGCAGUCGGAGACAGGGUUCGCACGGUGGAGAGCCUUGAAGGAGUAGUUCGGUAUGUAGGCUUGCUUCGAUUAAACUCGGCUGAAGGAGAUCUCCCCUCAGCAGUCUCUCAGAAAGGCACUUUUACCACGCCGGAGCUGGCUACGGGGGAAAAAGGAGAUGCCGAGAAGGAGGAUUUGUGGAUCGGUGUACAGUGGGACGAUCCCGCCCAUGGCAAACACGACGGCUGCACACACGGCAUACGCUACUUCUGCUGCUGCGCCCUAUCCAGGAGCAGCAGCAGCUUCUCGCACGCGAGCCGCUCCAGCAGGAUGCUCAGAAGGCAGGGAGCCUCGUUUGUACGCCCUCAGAAGCUGCAGCAGCCUCUGACCUUUCGAGAGGCGCUUCUCCUGCGAUACACCACAAAACUCACUGCAGAGGAGGUUGCUGCGAUGCGCGUUGCGGAUGCAAAGACACUCAGGGAAAAGCCUGUACAAUUCUGCGGCUGGCAAGAGGCUCAGCAACACUUUGAGAAGAUUAAAGAACUCGAAGCCAUUACCCUCUCCACGCUUCCAAUCACAUCUGCCGGAUUGGACGCCCUCUGCCUCCCGCGGCUUUGCACGCUGUCGAUGAGCGGAAGCUUGUUGAGAGACUGGGGGGAACUUUUGCUCAUUUUGAGGAGCUGCCCGAGCCUAAAGGCACUCAGUCUCGCACAUACCCGCAUGGAUCUAUGGUUUAAGAGGCUGUUGCUGAAAUGCGCUGCUCCGCCUGGCGCUGCUGCUUCAGCAGAUGCGCAUGCCUCGGCUUCCGCAGAAGAGGCCUCCAACGGCAGCUGCCGCAUCGCCAGCGUGAUUGCGCAAGUUCUGUUGAGGCAGAAUUCCAAAGAGCUGCCUGAUGCGUCUGCCGACGGUGCUGCUCCGGAAGUUGCGGACGGAAAUUGCUGCUGCGCCUCCUCCUCUCUGGAGAGUCUAUGUCUGGACGGCACUUUUGUCUCCUGGGGGGAUUUGUUGUGUUUCAAUCACUUCGCGCCGAACCUGAAGAAGCUCUCCUUGAGGGCUAACGGCCUUGGCUCGAGAAGUCGCUUCCCCCUUUUCCGCCUUCAGUCAGCGGCGAAAAGGUCUUUGGAAGCAUGUGUUGCCGAGCCGACUCAACAGCAACAGCAGGAAGAGGAUCAGGACGGCGUGUUUUUUUGCGCUUGUACACGGUGCUCCCACCCCUUCGCAGAGCUAGAGGCACUCGAUGUGAGCAGCAACGCUCUGAACUGCUGCUUGUCUGUGCUGGCUGCAAUUGGCCACUUGCCGCGUCUUCAGCGGAUGAGUGCAGCAGACAACGGCAUCUCGGCGUUCUGUCUGCCACCUAGCCUGGUACGAGAGCUACAGCAGAAGGAGCAGAAGGAGUUGCAAGCGACGGGAUCUUGGAGUUUGCUCGAAUUUUACGAGGCACUGUGUGGUGCUCGGAGAGACACUCUUCGGAACGUCGUUGAGCUCUGCUUAGACGUCGUGAGUCUUUUCCCGCGCUUAGCGUGGUUAAAUGGCAGCGAAGUUAGCAAAGAGGACCGAUGCGCUUGCGAGCGAUACGCACUGUCCAUCUGCAAUCGAGGCGCUCUAGGGCCUCUCUUGACCCUCUUCUCUGCCCUUCGUGACACCCUAGCCGACAGCAAUGCAGCAGAAGCUUCUACAGCUUCACUGGCAGCUGCUGCGGUGUGUGUCUGCAGGAAGCCCGUCUCUUCGAUGUGCUCAGGGAGCGUCACGGCACUGCGGCUGCGGCCGGACGCUCCCCAGUGUCUUCGGCAAACAACGGUUAGCAAACGACUUCCAAGAGGCCUCACGAUAAGGGAUCUAAAGGUUGUUUGCAUGAGAAUCUUUGGAAUCCCAGUCCACACUAUGCGUCUCCUCUGCAAUGAUCGGGGGUCUCCGGUGUCUGAAGAGAUGUGCGACGAGGCGCUGACUCUCGAGCUCUAUGGCGUGCAAGAUAACUCCAUAAUCAGAGUUCAGGCCACCUUCAAAAUUAAAUGCUUAACUGCCACAGCUCCUAUUUGGCUGUUUGCUACGUCCCCCCUGCCCCUUCGGGGGGCCCCGAGGUCGCCAAACACGAAGGACUCUUCGAAACACCAGACUUCUUACGGAUCGUUAGCUACGUUAAACAUCGAUCUUAUCCUAUUCCCCGCUUUAGCUGCAGUUUGGGGGUCCCCAUGUGCCGCAGUUCGCUGGACCCUUUUAGGUGCCAUCGCUGUGGUUGCUGCCUCUUUGCCGAGGCGAGAGAGAGAGAGACGUUAG